CUGGUCUCGUAUCCUUUGACUGGUGUUGUCGGGGAAUCAGAGAAAAGACAAGAGGAGAAAACGUGACGGGACACUUUAUUUUUUUGUUUUACCUUUCUCAGUCCGAUGUUUCAUUUUAAACGCGUUGACAGUUAGUUGGCGUUAGUUUACACGAGGCACGGAACGCGGGGGGACAAAAGACAUAACAGUACAAUGACGGAACAGUCCUCGUUGUUGCUGCGUAAACAACUAGUAGAGCUCAACAAGAACCCGGUGGAAGGCUUCUCCGCGGGUCUGGUCGAUGACGACGACAUCUAUCAGUGGGAGGUGGUGGUCAUCGGCCCUCAGGACACCUUAUUUGAAGGAGGUUUCUUCAAGGCCACCCUAACCUUCCCGCGGGACUAUCCUCUGAGGCCUCCCAAGAUGAAGUUCGUCACCGAACUUUGGCAUCCAAAUGUGGCAAAAAAUGGCGACGUCUGCAUCUCCAUCCUGCAUGAACCCGGCGAGGACAAGUACGGCUAUGAGAAGCCUGAGGAGCGCUGGCUGCCGAUCCACACGGUGGAGACCAUAAUGAUCAGCGUUAUAUCCAUGUUGGCAGACCCCAAUGGAGACUCUCCCGCCAACGUGGAUGCAGCUAAAGAGUGGCGGGAGGAUCCUAGAGGAGUUUUUAAGAAGAAGGUGGCCAGAUGUGUGCGGAGGAGUCAAGAGAUGGCUUUUGACUAAAGCCUCACUCCAGUUAUCGACACAGUUGGACUUUUUCGCAGGAUUUGACAACCGUUAAAACUUCAGUCAGCUUAAAAUCACAGGACAUUUUUAUCAACAUCAUUCACCCAAAGAGGAAAGAAAUUUGCAGGAUUAAAAAAAAGUUCAUAAACCAAUUUAUUACCAAGUUUUGAGUUAUUUAUGAAUGGCAGUUGCAACCUGCUGCCGAAAGUUCCCAUUUUAGACACUGUUCAAGCAUCAGCUUCACCCACGAUAAGAAGUUAUACAGGCGAAUAGACGUGGGUUUUUUUUUAUGUGCUUGGGGAAUAAAUAUCCCAUCUGAUUAAAUGCACAAUUUCCAAACUUAGUUUACUUACCUAUUUAUUUAGACUGACUAUUAUAAGUAUGUUAUUUUUUUUAGGCUUGUUUGUUUUCAACCUGCCACACUGAGCCAUCCAGUCUAUUGUUUCACAAUCGAUGAUGCAGUUCUGGAGUAUUUGCAGUCAUUAAGAGAUGGAGAUACAGACACUGGCUUUUCUUUUCCUGCACAUCAGUUCUUUUUCCCGGAGUGCGAAUUUUAUCAUCCAUCGCUGCCUUAACUUCGACUGCCAAGGACGGAGGGAGACCUUUUUUUUUCCAACAAGGACUGAAUCUGACGGCUUGUUUUGAAGGCAGAUGAACUCUUAUUAUGGACAAACCAAAGAGAACACACCAAUAUAUAUUUUUUGUAAUGAACAUGCUACAUUUUUACCUUUGUAAAUGUAAACUCUUUGUCCUCGCCAUUGCACGUGAAGAUACGACAAGAGGCAUCCAUCUUUCCUAAGGGAGAGGUCGUGUUAUAGUUCAGUGGCACUUCGAAUACCACCCAUAAAAAUAGUCUCCUGAUCGAGCCAGUCAUCAGGGCUGAACAGUAGUAAUGAACUUUUAUGGCUAGUUUAAGAACAUCAUUUGAUGGGUAUGCAGGUCAAUGAAUGUUAAGAUUGUGAAAACGUAAUAAAGCUCAAUGUGGACGUUG